AUGCAGGACAUUAAAAUCUACAAUUAUGACAUCCAUCAAAUUAGAUUAAAUUUCCAUCAUCACAUUGUUCCUCAACUACAACUUAUAAAUCUCCACAAAUAGGUAAACAUUAAUUAUUUAUAUUAUCAUAACCAGAUGGACAAACAAAAACAGCACAAUUAUUAUCAUGCCAAAUGGAAAUACCAUCACCACAAAUCUUAUAACAAGAUGUAAAUAAUGCAUCUUCCACAACUGGACAUUAUAUACAAGAAUCUUAACUAUUAUCAUAAUAUCCUAAUUGACAUUUGCAAUCAAAUCCAUCCAAAAUUCUAAAUUGUGUUGAAUGACAAGCUAAACAAGAUGAAUCUGAUUAUUCAAAACACUUUUCACAUUUAGUUGAACAAGGCAAACAUUACAAUUAAAAUUCAUCAAAGUAAUAUCCAUUAUUACAUUCACAAGUAUUUCCAUUUAAUAUUAAAUUAACUAAAACUAUGCAUGCUUAACAAUUCUUAUUAGUAGGACCAUUACAUUUGCUACAAAGUUUAUCACAUGGUUAACAUUGUUCUAUAUUAAGUUAGUCAUAAUAACCAUCAAAACAUAAACAUUAUCCAUCUUAUAAAUAUCGUAAAGAUGUAGAUUCACAAUGUAUACAAUAGUUAUUUGAUUAACAUUAUUUGCAAGUAUAAUUGCAAUCUAAACAAUUAGUGCCAUCAAAAUAUUAAUUAAGUUGACAAUUUAAAAUACAAGAUGUAGUUACUAAUCCAUAAUUAGGCUUACAUGUUAAACAAUCAUAUUCAUUUAAACACGUUAGACAUUCAUUAGGACAAUAUUCACAUGUGGAAGUAGUAUCAUCUAAAAAUUAAUUUGAUAAACAUUAUGAUUAUUCCACUUUUACUAUGCUUGAAUCAUAAGCCAUCCAAACAUCACAUGUCAAUUCAUUUGAACAUUAAUUGCAAUAUGGUUUACAGUAAUGAACAACAAUAUAGUAGUUUGAUAAUCCACAAUAGGAAUCAAUAACAUUAACACCAAAACAUUAUAUUGCAAUUGUCAAAGUAGGAUUAUAGGUUAAGACUUAUUCUAUAAUUUAAACUGGAUUAACUGAAUACAAAACUCUGUUUUCAGUACCAUUAUUGAUUUCAUAUGAAAAAUAAUUUAGAGGGGAAUUUGGAAAAUUUGG